AUGGGUGCCUCAUGGGCUUAUUUUCUAGUGUGUGAGCUGAGGAUUGUGUUGCUGGGGAAGAAUGUGUUGGAGAAUAACAGAGUGGGAAACUUCAUCCUGGGAAGAGCUGCAUUUGACACUGAAUCUCCUCCAGUGUCAGUAGAUCAUCACAGUGAGAGAGUCAGAGGACAGGUGGAAGGAAGACCUCUCAGUGUCAUCAACACUCCUGACCUGUUUAAACUCCGAAAAUACCAACUCUGCAGGGCAGUGAAAGAGUGUGUGUCCCUCUCUGCUCCAGGACCUCAUGUGAUUUUACUGGUACUGCAGACUGACAGUUUCACAGAGGAGGACAGAGAAAAUGUGAAAGUCAUACUGAACUCUUUCAGUGAUCAGGCUAUAAAUUACACUAUACUGAUAACAACAGAUAAACAGGUCACUGCUAUCAAUAACUCAGCAUUUCAGCUUCUUAGGGAAUGUAGGAUGAGGCAAUAUAAAUUUGAGCUCAUUGGAUUCAGACUGUGCUUUGAACUCUUGGAAAAGAUAGACAGCAUAGUCAGGGAGAAUGUAGGGGGUUACCUCAUCUGUGAUGUGUCUGAGGCGACAGAAUACAUCUCAAAGAUGGGGACGGUUGGCGAACGAUCCUUCGGACAACACAUGGAGUUCCAUGGACUGCAGCCACUGGGGAUUGCCCUCCAGAGUCACAAAGUCAACGCCUCAAGUGUGCACGUCUGA